CCGCUGUGUGUCUCAUCCCACACAAUACUAUUCUCAUGGGGCUUGGUACGAGAAGUCGCGGCUCGAGAUGUGGCAUCGUCAACUGACAAGCGCACCCCAAUGGACCACGGGUCGGCACUUCGCGACCCCCAGAUUCGGGACGGGGCUGUAGACUGCAAUUUGUAGAUCUAUGGCUGGCAUUGUCAAGCUCAAUGAACCAGAUCGAUACCGAACAGAUGCAGACAUAUCGCGAGCUCUGAAUUGAUCCGUCUGUACGGAGGUAGAUGAGUCCAUCGACAGCCCAUCUCGUCAGAUCCUGGGGAGUGAAACUCAAAACGGUCGAACCCCACACCCGAAGUGCCAGGGGAAACCGCCGGACCUCGGCAUCUCUGGGGAUGGUUGCAGCUCGGGUAGACAGGAGACAGGCUGCUCUCCUCGUACCUCUCCAUUUUAUUAUUUCGUUGCUCGACUUCAAUAACCCACACCCGAGCCCAGGUCUUGCUGUACUUUGUUCAGUCUCACACUCGACAUUACCAUCAUCAGACCAACACCAACGCCAACACCAACACCAACACCAACACACCAACACACCCACACUGUUCCCACUGACUUCACGAUGAGCGGCCCCGGCGUCGGUUUCGAGUAUCCAGCCCAGCCAGUGCAAUGGCUGAAGCGGGACGCUCUUCUCUUUGCGAACAGCAUUGGCUGCACGGCCGAUGAGCUUCACUUCCUCUUUGAACUGCACCCCGAGUUCACCGUCUUCCCAAGCUACCCUGUCAUUCUGCCAUUCAAGGGUGCCACCCAGGAGGUCAUUGACUUCUACGCAGCGCAAAAGGCCGUCAAGAUCCCCAGUGUGCCUGACUUUGAUCACACGCGGGUGGUUGACGGCCAGCGUCUCCUGCAGUUCUUCAAGCCCCUGCCGCCCUCCUCGGAAGGCAGGAAGUUUGAGAUCCGCCAAAAGGUGAUUGGUGUCUACGACAAGGGCCGUCCGGGGUCCGUCCUCGAGACCCAAAGCGACCUUGUUGACGCUGAGACCGGCGAGAUCUACUCGCGGGCCAUCGGGAGCGCCUUCUUCGUGGGCCAGGGCAACUGGGGCGGCCCCAAGGGACCUGCCACGGUCAACUUCCCCCCGCCAAAGGGCAAGCAGCCCGACCUGACCUUUGAGGACCAGACCACCAGGGAGACAGCGCUGUUGUACCGCCUCAACGGCGACUAUAACCCCCUGCACGCCACCCCGGAGCCCGGCAAGAAGAUGGGCUUCGGCGGCGAGAUCAUCCACGGCCUGUACUCGUUCAACUCGACCUGCCACGGGCUCCUCAAGCACGUGGCGGGCAGCGACCCCAAGAACCUGAAGGAGUUCCAGGCGAGAUUCGCCAGCCCGGUCAAGCCUGGGGACAAGCUGGUCACGUCGGUGUGGAAGACGGGGGAUGUCAAGGACGGAUGGGAAGAGAUCCGGUUCGAGACCAAGGUGGAGGGCAAGAAGGUCUGCCUGAGCAAUGGCAGGGCCCUGGUCAAGGCCGUUGGAUCUACCAAGAGCAAGCUGUAAAUAAUGCUGCAAGCUGGCCCGUGGAGGAUGCGAGUGUGCCGAGUAGUUGAUCAGAGCAUAAUGUGACCGUGUCCGUUGGUCCACAAGCAAGACAAGUAGAGAAUUGCGGUCAAA